CUGUUGGACUAGUAACACACCAGCUAAUGGCUAAACUUGGACGGAGAGGGAGGGUCUUCUGUGGUCAACUGUUGCGUCGCGACCGGUUGCGCCCAGCGGCACUACUGUGCACAUUCACCGCCAGGGAGAAGGUAGCCAUAUAAAACGGUUGACCAAUCGGUAUAAUGUCAGUUCAACUCAUAGAGGAUAUUACACUUCUAAGAUACUAACUGGAGGGGUAGUUAUAAAUCAAUGUCCUUGGUUUGAAACCGUUAUUUUUGGUGAUCCAAUCCGUAACUGUCAUGAGCCCAACACAGGAAAUUAUCAAAUUAAAAACUUUUUCUCUCUUAUAGACUACUCAAUAUUUAUAGAAUUCGUAGAGGUGUCAGCUUGGGGAGAGUAAACUUGGAAAGGGUAAAAAAAAAAUAGUACUUUUCUUCUUCGGGACAACGACCGGUAAACAUGGCAGAAGGAGACUUCUACACUCUUGGAAGUAGGCAGAGGGUCCCACGAGAUCCGUUCAGAGAGAGUCCGUCUCUCGCCUCCCGAUUUAUGGACGAUGACUUUGGGAUGUCCCCUUUCCCCGAAGACUUGUCAAUGGACUGGCCCGGCUGGGCUCGGCCUAGCCGGCUCAGCACGCGGCUUUCCGCACCGUUUACUGGCACUCUGCACACUGGGUUUCAGCCAACGCGCGCAUCGACUGGGCAGACGCCGGUGUAUUGCACGAGAUACAGCGAGUCCCCCCGCAGCUCUCCGACCCAGACACCCGGAGAGCCCUGGAAAGUGUGUGUGAACGUCCACAGCUUUAACCCAGAGGAACUUAAUGUCAAAACCAAAGAUGGGUUUGUAGAAGUGUCAGGGAAACAUGAAGAGAAGCAAAAGGAAGGAGGUAUAGUGACAAAGAAUUUCACAAAGAAGAUACAGAUUCCAACCGACGUGGACCCUCUGAGGGUCUUCGCCUCCUUGUCGCCAGAGGGUGUGUUGAUCAUCGAGGUACGGCAGAGCCCUCCCUACUACCUCUUCAGUAACGAAUGUCCUCAGGGAGAGAUGGAAGAGGCCAGCCAGAGCCAGGAGGCCACCAUGGUCUAGGAUGAAGCCCAGGACCGAGCUCUCUCCCCUGGGGAGACACAGCCUCACCCCGGGCCCCCCUCAGGACAUAAUAGAGCAUCCAGCAGACUAGAGAAAGGGCUAACACAGGUUCAAAGCCAUCGAGACCUUCCGCGUUAUGUUGUUGGGGUGACUCCGAAAUGGCACCCUAUUCACUAUUAAGUAGUGCACUGAAUAUGGUCCCAAAGAAGCACUCUGAUUUUCUUUUUGAGUGUUAAGUAAUCACACAAUUACUCCCCUAAAAUAUAUAAUAAUAACAUGGUGUUUGUGUAUCUCUUGGCAGCGAAGGCUACUUGGAUCUGUCACAGAUUUAAUUAAAAGUCACAAACUAAAUCAAUUCUAAUGUCUCACAGUAGAGUUGCUAUAUACAGUAUGCAUCCAGUCCCAGAUGCAAUACUGAACUGACUCCAGAUCCUAAACUGAGCAGCCUAGAAGCAGGCUGGGGCCCAUGCUGUCUGAAUCAUCCUGAAUCAUCCUGUGGUUUUCUAUCCGUAUCCCAUUUGUGAUGAAAACGUAAUUUGACAGAAUGCUUCAUAUACACCAUAUUAUGUUAAAUGUGUAAUUGAAAGAAGCACAUUCAAAUGGAUAAUCAAAUAAAGUCAUCCCAUAUGCCUUUAUUUCUGAGUGGGAAGACUUAAUGAAAGGGAUAUUCCCAUCAUUAUAGUGUGUAACCUACUGUACGUGUGUGUUGAAACUGUAUUCUACCCUAAUGUAGGCCUACUGUCUGUAAAUACAUUGCACUUAACAGUACGUGCCAACCCAUAGACACAUCUAUUUGAGUGCCAUGAUUACCCUACCUAGAGGUCUUACAAACUGAUGUUCGUUGCAUUUUUCUAUUUGUACAUGUAAUGAUGACGCUGUGUUCGUUCUUGGUGCAAAGGGAAUUCAUUUUUGCUAGACUUCUCCACUCCCUCCCCCCUCCUUCCUCUGCCGUCCCUCAUCUCCUCCAUCCCUCUCUCCUCCUUUCCGUCAUGUCUUUGUAUUUGUUUAUGCAAUAAAAUCUCCCAUCAAUCCCA